AUGAUGGAACUGGCCUGUAUGAAUAUUACUGCCAAUGAGGACGACAGCAACAUGGCCACUAGGGCAACAGAGAUCAAUCACCACCAGCGCCGUGGUGGUAUAGAGGGCGAAGGAGUAGCAGAGCAAGACUGGGCGCCUCAACAAGAUGACCACCAUCCGACGCUAACUCCCCUAGAUUCAUCGACGGUGGAUUUCGCUCCUCGAGGACCCCCUACAUUUCAAGAUCGAAUACGAAAUAAACUACCUGCGCCGUUACAACUGAAGCCCAUGGGUCGUCAAGAAACUGUGAACAAGAUUCACAACAUCUGCAAAGUGGCAGUCAGCACGAAAAUAGGAAAAAGCGAGAACGAGCGUUUUCUUGAACAAUUUGGAUAUACCAUCGUUGCGUCCCAGCUCCUCAACGAGCAAAGCGCCCCUUCGUACAGCACCGUAACGGGGUUGCUAUCAAAUACAGCUCAUAAUGCAGAUUUAUCAGGCACACGAGCAGCAAGUUUUGGUAUACGAGGGGCGAUAUUCACAGCUGGGGCAUCGUUUUCGGUGGUCUGGAUACUCCACUGGGCCAGGUCUCGUCAGGGUUCCGGUUGGGAUUUCCGGCGGAUCUGCAUCCUUAUUACUCUUCUACUGGCAGUCGCAACCGCAUUCUACGCAUUCGCUAAACGCCAGUGGCUGAAAUACCUUCGUCGCCACGCGGUGGAUAUUGCUUCUGUACUCGUCGCCAAUGCGCAGUCUUUCGACUCUGCAGCUUCAGCUUCGGAACUAGACGAACCUAAACCAUCGGCUGACAAUGCGAUGGAAGACAAAACAUCAUUGCGAUCCCUAAGACAUCUAUUUUCUAGAGCUUACGCAGCCAGAAAGGCUACGCUAUGCUGUCUGCUAGCUCUACCGGCGGAUGGUGGGGAGGUUGAUAUUGGAAAUUGGAGCACUGCUAUUGAGGAGAUGCAACGUCUCGCUGCUACAAAUGGAACUUGCGUGCAGAAGCUGGCAGCCAUACUUAACGAGCAAGAUCACAUUAUUAUUCCACCAUCUCCUCAAUCCAAGCUCAGCCCCAAUAAGGAUCGUCAUCGCGCACAACUAAGACGACUCAAUUCUCUAUCUCAAGGAAUCCGUGGACUGCAUGCUAAAAUGCAGCUCAUCCGCGAAGAAUCAAAUGCCAGCCUUGAACGAGCAACCGAUGAUGCAGAUUUCGGCACGACCUUAACAACCCUCUACCAAUCUAUCGGCGCAGACCUAAGAGGGAUACUACAAGAGUGGGAAGCCGGGAAAUCUUCAUUAUUAGCCACUUUAGAAAACCCAGAUCGUCUCUCACGACCCACCAGUCUACUCAGAUCGCCAGCAUCGCCGACAUUUAGCUUAGGUGGCGCGACUGCGGUUGACGGUGGUCCAGCGGAGGCGCUUCGGGCAUUGAAUGGCGAAGACCAGCACCUCACAGCCCCAGACAACAACAUGGAUGAGCAUGAGGUUUUUGAAGCUAUUGCCCUACCCCGGAAGCGAAACUCCAUGACACGAGAUGAAAGAAUAGCCCGGAUGAAAGAAGAACGGGCUAGACAAGCCGUGGCGAGAGAGAAAUCGGACGCAAAUACACACAUGUUAAGAGAGCUGGAGACAGUUAUCAAGUUGCGUCCGCGCGGAAAAACGGCACCCCGAGUUACCAGCAUCUGA